UCAGGAAAUCAAGACGUCUCUAGAGAGCGCCCGCAGAGCAGAUCGAGCUGUGGUGGAGGACAAACGACAAACAUGACGGGUGGAGAACUCCUGAAGAGCGUCCUGCUGCUCCUCAGCCUGCAGCUCUCAGGUGUGAGGAGCGACAAGAACACCGUCUUUGUGUACAAGACAGUUGGAGAGGACGCCCUCUUGUUGUGUUCCAUCGCCUCCUCAGACUGCUCCUCCAUCACCUGGACCUUCUUCAGGAGCGGCCAGGUGCGUUUCUCCAAGGAGGUGAUCAACGGGCAGGUGAACCGGACUUCAGACAAGGCCAACCGCAUGACCGUGGCCCCCAACUGCUCCCUCGUCCUCCGAGACCUGGUCCUGGCGGACGUGGGCUCCUACGUCUGCUUGAAGCACGAGAAGGACAUCACGACGGUCUACCUGUCCAUCCUCGCCAUCAGCUCGCCCUCCAACAUCAAGGAGGUCAAGCCGGGGGGGACGGUCGUCCUGAGCUGCAUCCUCUCCAGCUUCUACGAGGCAGGACACUGCAGGCAGUACUCAGGCGGCGGCUUUAAGCUGCGCUGGGUAGCAGAAGACGGGACAGAGCCGACCAAUCACAGCAGGCAUCAACUGACUAAAAGAUCUUACUGCAACGCCACUCUGGUCCUGAAUCUGCAGAAGGAGGACGACAGCAGAAGGUGGAGGUGUCAGGUGGAGACCAAGGAUGACAAAAGGGAGACUCAUUUGGACUUCACCUCCUCCUUUUUGUUUGAAAGCAUCUCCUCCACUCGCGGUCUGCAGCCUCCUGCUGAGUGUCCCGUCCGGCUGCCCAUCAGCCGCAUCGUGCUGUGCGUGGCUCUGCCGCUCAUGGUCGGCAUCGUGGGAGUGGUCACAUGGGUAUCGGACAGAAAGAGGAACAGGAUGCUGGCUGCUGCUCAGCGCCGUGAGACCAUGAGAAUGCGUCUCUGACCUUUGCUCCUCACAAUGUCCCGCAAACUGAGCUGUUGGACUUCUA